GUGGACGAGCAUCAUCGAUCCAGGCGCAUGUCGGCGUAUGAGGAGGCGCGCCGCGCCAAGAUUGCGCGCAACAUGCAAAUGAUGGAGGCGAUGGGGCUCAAGGCGUCGGCGACGGCGCUCAAGCAGCGCAUUAGCGCGGCCAAGCCCACGCCCACGAAGCGCAAGAAGACCGUCGAUGACCAAGUGGUCGCGCCACGUCGGUCGUCGCGCCGCCUCCAAGGCCAGGAGGCCGUGCUGCCAGAGGACCUUCGCUCGCCACUGCCGCGCGAGCUUCGUGCGCACUUGACUGAAGACCUCGUUCAGAACGAAGCAUCCUUUCCGAAUGCGGCCGACUCGGCGGCCCUUGGACAGCUCUUUGGCAAGGACAGCGCCGAGCGCAAGCCAGUUGUUGAGCCGCCACAGGAAGACGCCAAGUACUCGCUGCACGAACUGGAUGUGGAAAAGGUCACGCCGAGCCGCAUCUACGCGAUCGCGUGCCACCCGUCGGUGGCUACGGACCACAUUCUCUCUGCGAUCGCCGACGUUGACGGCAACGUCGCGCUCUGGUCGGUGCCCUUGAGCCGCGACAGCAGCGACGACAAUACGAUUGUGACGUGGCGGCCGCACAAGCAAGCCAUCUCGUCGAUCCAUUUCGAAGCAGAGACCACGUUGCUCACGUCGGCCUUUGACGGUAGCAUCCAGCAGUACGACCUAGUGACGCAAGCCCGCACUGACGUCUUUCGCACUGACGUCGCGUUGACCUAUGUCGACGUCUCGGAGCCGAACGCACUCUUGACGUGCGACGAGGCUGGGCACGUCUUCUCGAUUGACCGGCGCGCGAGUAACAAGCCCACGAUGUGGACACUUCAUGAGAAGAAGAUCAACACGGUGCACCGCCAGCCCGGGUCCACCCACAGCUUUGCGACCGCGUCCUUGGACCGCACCGUGUGCCUCUGGGAUGCCCGCCAGCCGUCGACGCCGCUCAACAUGUUGCCCCACCACCGCAGUAUCAACUGCGCCUACUUUUCACCCAAUGGAGAAGCGCUCGUGACUGUCGGCCAAGACGACCAUGUCCAUCUGUACAGCAUGCCAGCGAGUAGCGACGAACCCACAACCCGGUUUGUGCACAAUAACCAGACGGGUCGGUGGCUCACCAAGUUCCACGCGCACUGGGAUCCCAAGUGCUUGGCGACGCCGCGCUUCGUCCUCGGCUCGAACCAGCAACCGCGCUGUAUUGAGAUUUUCGGCACAUCGACCACGCAGCCGCUCCAGCGCUUGGACGACGACCUCUGUCGCUCCGUCUUCUCCAUGAAUACGUUCCACCCGUCGAUCGACGUGAUUGUAAGCGGCAAUAGCUCGGGCCGUGCCAUGGUCUGGCGUGCCAAAUAGGUCAAAGACACUGUAUGGACACUGCAUUCUUAUUUGAUACAGAUUCUGUUUUGUGGUGCCCCGUGUUGCAGGCGCUCUCAAUAUGCCCAG